GAGGUUAUGUCCCAAUGUAAAUAUUUCUACCUGAACAAACAACAACAAAAUUAAAUGAAGGGUCGUACCGACGAUCCCCAAUUCAACAAAUGCCAUAAAUUCCGACAACCGACUUCCGGAUGGAAACUUCCGGAAACCGCGUACACCCACCCGGAUUUCCACCUGGAAACUCUAAAAGGGAUAAAAACCGAACUGAACCGGGUCAAGGGUCAACUGGACCAGUUCGAUUUAACCGAAUGGACUCGUCACACUCACCACCGCGACCCCUCCGGCUACGUCAUAAGUCAGCUGAGGUCCAAAGUGCACCCCGAGCUCCUCACUCAAGCCUGGUGCAAAUUCUACGAGAUCCUCAGCAAAUUUCCCUCACUCGUAAUACAAACCAGCGCCCCCUUGACAUCUUUGCACCUAUGCGAGGCCCCGGGGGCUUUUGUCAGUGCCCUGAACCACUUUCUGGUACUCAAUUAUCCGGAAAUCGGGUGGAAAUGGUGGGCGAACACCUUGAACCCCUUUUACGAAGGAACCAGUGGCGCCCAAAUGAUCUCCGACGACAGACUGAUAUGUCAUACGAGGGAGCACUGGUUAUUCGGCCCCGAUUCGACUGGGGACCUUUUACGGUGGGAAAAUCAUGAGGAAAUUGUGCGGAAAUGCCUCGGGUGGGACCUAGUGACCGCAGACGGGAGCAUUGACUGUAUGGAGAACCCCGGGGAGCAAGAGAACCUGGUGGGGUUCCUGCACUAUUGUGAAUCAGUUACGGCUUUAAGGGUGCUUCGGUCAGAAGGGAGUUUUGUGCUAAAGAUCUUCACCAUAUUCGAACACUUCACUGUGUGUCUGGUGUAUUUGUUAAACUGUGUGUUCCGAGAGGUGUUUCUCUAUAAGCCCGGGACAUCGAAGAGUGGCAAUUCCGAGCUCUAUUUAAUAUGUCUGGGGUAUAAGGGGUUGGAAACCGUGGCCCCUAUAUGGGACCAACUGAUUGCCCCUUAUAAAAAUGGAGAAUUUCCCCGAGGGGUGGCCUUAUGGGGCAUAGAGGAGCUCCCCAAGGACUUUCUGGACCAAAUAGAGAGGUGCUGCAUCAGUUUUUUCCUGGAGAGACAGUGUGCCACUAUAAAUAACAAUAUCAGGGCCUUCUUGGUCCCCCUGGAGAGUGAUGAGACCCUUUUACACAAGCAAAAGAUCAAAGUGGCCAAGGAGUACUUUCAGUUGUGCUGCUUGGUUCGGAUACCCAGGAAUCGCAGGCUGGUACCACAUUUAAAGGUGCACGAGAGACUUAAACAAGAGGAACGUGACUCGAGCACCAUAUGCCUGAAUGAUUUCCAGUUUCAAGAUCAUUUGAGCAUCACUACAGGGAGGAGGAUCCGGACUGUUUAUAGUUCAAAGUUCUGGGAUGCCCAGGAGGGUUUGCCGGUGAAAAGUUGCCUUACAGACCCACAGUCUUUGUAUAAUUUAAGCCAAAGCAUGCUUAGGAAGCAGUACAGCAUUAUUGAUGGGGCAAAGCUCACCUUGAGCCCCUACUACACCUACCAGGAACAACUGUUUAAGACCACAAAAGAGGCUUUAGAAUCAAACAAACCGAUCAUAUACCUCGGAGCCCCUUUUAACACUCAUUUCUUGGCAGGGCUCUGGUGCCUUUUGGCUACCGCCUUCCUGUAUGUCCACACAGAACCAGGAAUGUGCGUCUUUUACGCACCCCAAAUUGGAAAAGUCUCAGGGGUCCAAAGGGUGUUUGACCAAAUAAGCGAACAGCCAGUGGGGGAUGUUUUGUACAUUUUGAGACCGGAGGCUUUUUGUAACGAACUGAGGUUUAUAUGCCCCGUUUUGAGGCGCUACAAUGCCUUCAAUAAACGUUUUUGAGGUGA